AUGAAUUUGAGACUAGUUGUGAUGCCGGAAUCCGAUAUAACACUGAAUCCAAUAUUUCAAACAUACGACAGGUCUAUGAAAAUAUCGUUCACUAAACCCAUUAAUUUUGAUUCACAUAUCCUAAUGACUAAAUCCAGUGAUCAGAUCACACAACAGGAUCUCAUUGACUACUUGUGCCGAAUAGACCCCAGAAUAUGGCUAUCAAUUGGUGACUUUAACACAAAUCCGGAUCCAAAAUUUAAUGAUUUAUGGGAUCGUAUUGAUGGCAAUCGCGACAUAUCUAUCCGGGUAUUCAAGUCAUCACUGGACAAGUCUCCGAGAAAUAUGCAUCGAUUUAUGGCUUAUAUGGAUGAGGGAAAGGUAGCCAUAAUAGAGCUGCAACUCAACGAAAUACUGACCACGAAAUACCAGUUUUGCAAACUAAUGCCUACAAAUCGAUGGCAUAUAUCGCGGGACUCAUUCUUCCCGGUAGUCAUGACAAUGCAAAACCUUACGGUAUCGGUUAUACCUUGGGACCCGUAUAUACAACUCAACAUGUCAAAUGAUAAUCAACGGAGUUUGAGUGGAAACUAUGCUAAGAUUUGGAAUAUAUUUCAAGAGAAAUUCAAUUACAGCCUUCAACUAAUAAUACCCAAACAUAGUAAUUGGAAUGGACUGGUUGACCACAUUUAUCAGAAUAAAUCUGAUUUCGCUAUAAACCCAUUAUAUGUGACCACCGAAAGGGCCGACAAAAUAGAUUUCUCAAAGUUUCUGUUCUCGUCGUCCAAUAUAAUUAUCACUAAAUCUAAUCAAUUGUUAGCACAAAACGAUUUAAUCGACUAUUUUACACGAAUUAAUGCCAAUUGUGGCCAGAAUUGUGUCAAACGGAAUGUUUCAGAAAAUAAUAACAGAUAUCCUACGACUGAAGCCGUAUAUGAGAUCCCAGGCCACCAGACAGUGUCUAUUUGA